AUGAGCGAGUGCAAUCGGCUGGUGCUGGCGACGGGCAACGUCGAUGAGGCUCUCGUCGGCUACCUCACCAAGUACGACUGCUCCUCAGCGGACCUAAACCCAAUUGGCUCGAUCAGCAAGACCGAUCUGCGGCGGUUUGUCGCAUUCUCCGCCGGAAUCAUUGGUCCAAAAGCUUUAGAGGCGGGAAAUCCACUGCAACGCAUUCUCGACGCGACGCCCAGCGCCGAGCUGACCGGAGAGGAGCAGGCCGACGAGGAGGACCUGGGCCUUAGCUAUGAGGAGUUGAGCCUCUUUGGGAGGCUGCGGCGGGGGCAGUACGGCACCUACGGUCCCUAUG